CGAAUGGAGGAAUUUCCCGAAGGCUAAUGGGAUCAGCCCUGCUCAAUUACUUAUCGGACGAAAGCAAAGAGGAUUGCUGCCAACAGUGGAGGUCGACAACAAGAAAAGGGAUCGAGUAACAAACGAUGUCACUCAAAAUCGAAGUCGAUCGAGAUGUCUAUGCCCGUUACAAAUCGGAGACGAGGUACGAAUACAAAAUGCGAUUACCAAAAAAUGGGAUGAGCUCGGAAUUAUUACGUCCAAGCGAAAUAAUGGGCGAUCAUUUUGGAUAAAAACAAAAAAUGGAUGGCAGAUUCUCAGAAAUCGGAGAUUCCUAAAGAAAGAGACAAAGAGGACAAGCAAUCGCGACGGAAGCCCUGAAACAAAGCGUGAGAAGAUAGAGAAUAGCCGGAUCGAUCCGAGACGGAGUGAGCGAAUAUCAAGAAAAGAAUCGAUUGGGUCGGACCGGAAUCAGGGAGAGACGGACACCCCGAUGCUCCAGG